UCAAAAUACAAAACCGAAAAAAAUUAUACAAGACUCAAGCAAAGCAUAGGACUAGACCACCAACUAUGACAGUUCAAAGCUAAGGUACUAUUCGUCGCUUUCAACCACCUGUAGGAAAAAGUCUUGAUCUUGUCCAACAUAGAAUGUAAAGAGUUUGCCGAGCCUUUGAAUAACCUGUAGUUUCUUUCGGUCCACACAACCCACACACAAACAAGCCAUAUGAGUUGCAUAUAACUUUAUAAAAUUAAAAAAUAUAUUGUGAAGCUAUCCUGGUAAGUAACAUAACUAUGUUCUAUGUAAAAAAAAAUACAUAACUAUGUUCUACGCUAGAAACUAGAAAGUAUGCAAUACUGAAGUAAUUGAAGAGAGUGAAAAACUGAAAAGCGUAGGAGAGAGAAACAGGACAAAGAAAUUUUAUCUCAUAAAACAGGUGCCACAUCCUUCCCGGUGCAUUUUCCCUAUUAAUAACAUUCCAAGAAAGUUGAAACAACUAGAGUGGUUGAAAAAUUCCAAGAUUUUAGUGAAAAAGAAAGAUUGCCACUCACCCUUUCUCAAAAUUAGGUAUUCUUGUAGAGGCUAAUUUCAAAUUUGAUACAACACCACAAUAUCAUACGUGCUAACUUGUUCUUCUUCAUAUUCUUUUUCAUUAUCUCACCCUUAACAUUAAUUUAUUUUCCAAUGGCUUCCCAAUCAAACCAACAACACUUCCUUCUUGUUCCAUUUAUGUCUCAAAGCCAUCUCAUUCCUUUCAUAGAAAUGGCAAAAUUGUUUGCAUCAAAUGGUGUCAUUGUCACUGUUGUCCUUACACCACUUAAUGCAGAAAGGUUCAACAUGAUAGUUGAUCAAGCAAAAGCCUCAAACCUCAAAAUCCAAUUCCAUUUGUUACCUUUCCCUUGUGUAGAAGCAGGUUUACCAAAGGGGUGUGAAAAUAUGGAUACACUUCCUUCUCCUAAAUACCAACCUUUGUUUUUUGCAGCUUGCAAUAUGCUUAAAGAACCACUUGAAAAUUGGCUUUCUGAGUUGGAAAAACUACCUACUUGCAUUGUUUCUGAUAUAUGUCUUCCUUGGACUUCAAAUGUUGCAUCAAAAUUCAACAUUCCAAGAGUUGUCUUCCAUGGAAUUUCUUGUUUCACACUCUUGUGUUCACAUAACAUUAACCUCUCCAAAGUUCAUGAAAGGGUCGACUCAAUGUCAACGCUGUUUGUGGUACCAGAUUUGCCUGAUACAAUUGAAUUUACAAAAGCGCAGUUACCCGAGGCUAUGAAGCAAGAUUCAGAGGCAUGGAAAGAAGCUAUUGAUCAAUUCAAAGAGUCUGAACUUUCAUCACAAGGGAUAUUGGUGAAUACUUUUGAAGAGUUGGAGAAGAAUUAUGUUAGAGGUUAUGAGAAAGUUGCUAAAAAGGUUUGGUGUAUAGGACCACUUUCCUUACAUGACAAGUUAACAUUCGGCAAGUUUGGUAAAGACGAUAAGGGACUCAUCAAUGAUUCUGAAUCCGAAUGUCUAAAGUUUCUUAUUUCAAACAAAGCUUGUUCUGUCAUCUAUGUAUGUUUUGGUAGUUUGUCUUUCAUUCCUGCUUCGCAACUGAAGGAACUUGCUUUGGGAUUGGAAGCAUCAAACCAUCCAUUCAUUUGGGUGAUUGGAAAAAAUGAUUGUUCUGUUGAGUUAGAGAAGUGGUUAAAAGAAGAGAAUUUUGGAGAGAGGAAUAAGGGAAGAGGAGUUAUAAUUAAAGGGUGGGCGCCUCAAGUUGAAAUAUUAUCUCAUCCUUCAACCGGUGGAUUUUUAUCUCAUUGUGGUUGGAAUUCAACAUUGGAAGCAAUUUCAUGCGGUGUACCGAUGAUAACUUGGCCAUUGUUUGCCGAACAAUUCUUUAAUGAGAAGCUGAUUGUGCAAGUGCUUAAGAUCGGCGUGAGGAUUGGUGUUGAAGUUGGUGUGGAUCCGAUGGAUACAUUUAAAGAUGAGAAAGUUUUGGUGAAGAAAGAGGAUGUGAAGAUGGCUAUUGAAAAGCUUAUGGAGAAUGGUGUGGAAGGGGAGCAAAGAAGAAACCGAGCUAAAGAGAUUAAAUAUAUGGCUUAUAAGGCUGUUGAAGAUGGUGGAUCGUCUGAUUCUAAUUGCAAAUUGUUUAUACAAGAAAUUUUAGAGCAAAGUUCAUAAUUUAAUGAUUAAGCAUAGCAAAGUAGUUUUUUUUUUUUUUUUUUUCAUUUGUAGCUUUCACUUUUUUAUAAUCACUAUAUGUCAUGUGCUAAUUAAUGCUACUACAAAUACAUGAAAAGACUAUAUUUUCUCAAACAUUUUGGAUAUUGAUUUGUAUGGGAAAUGUUAACCACUGUUUGGUUAGAUAAACCAAUGUGUUUUAAAUAAAGAUCUUGACA